AUGGUUUCUUCAUAUGCUAAUAACUCUGUGUUUCUCUUACUUUGCUUAUGCUUAACCUUUAGUACAAUUGCAUUUGGAGGAAAUUUCAACACUGAUUUUAACAUUCUAUUUGGAGAUAAAAGGGCUAACAUACAAGAUGGUGGCAAUUGUAUGACACUUACAAUGGAUAAAUAUUCUGGCUCUGGCAUUGGUACUCAGAAUGAAUAUUUGUUUGGACGAUUUGAUAUGCAAAUCAAACUUGUGCCAGGAAACUCUGCAGGCACUGUCACUGCAUAUUAUCUAAGUUCUCAAGGACCACACCAUGAUGAGAUUGAUAUGGAAUUUUUGGGUAACUUGUCUGGUGAUCCAUAUAUUCUCUCAACCAAUUUUUAUGCCAAUGGUGAUGGAGGUCAUGAGGUACAAUUCUAUCUUUGGUUUGAUCCCACAAACGACUUUCACACUUACUCUAUUGAUUGGAAUCCUCAGCGCAUAAUAAUAUUGGUGGAUAACAUACCCAUAAGAGUGAUACAUAAUAGACAAAACAUUGGUGUUCCAUUCCCAACAAGGCAACCAAUGAAAUUAUACACAACACUAUGGAAUGGAGAUUCAUGGGCAACAAGAGGGGGACAAGUGAAAAUUGAUUGGUCAAAGUCUCCAUUCACGGCUGGAUUUAGAAACUUCAGUGCUAAUGCGUGCAUGCCUAGUCCAUCAAAUAAUUGCUUAGGUUUCAAUGGCGGAGAAGAUAAAGGUCUUAAUGGUGAAACAAGGAAGAAGCUCAAAGAGAUUUAUUCAAAAUUGAUUGUUUAUGACUAUUGUCGUGAUUUUAUACGUUUUGCUCGUGGUCUGCCUAAUGAAUGCCGCAAUCGCUUAACAGAUCACCCAGAUGAAUAUUAG